UACAUUCAUUCUAACUAGAUGUGUUAGAGUCAGCAGCUAAAGGUUAUUUAAGUGCAUAAUUUGAUAAAUGACUUAGAUGCAUGAUCAUAUUUUCUCAUAAAAUGAGAUUUGCCUAUGGCAGACCAAAUGUCUGGAUUUUCUCUUACAGCAAUGUUGAGUAAUUUUUUUUGUCUAUGUUGUCUGGCCGGUAGCCUACAGCUUGGCUGGCUCAGGCCGCCUUUGCUAUAGAAGAGUUUGUGAACUUGAAGUUAACUCAAUAGUGACCAGACAAACGUUAAAUCUUCAUCUCCUGAAAACAAUAGCAAAACCAUUAGCCCAAUAGUACUUCCAUACCACUGUAUGUGAAUGUGUUUUCCGUAUUUCCAUUUUAAACAGGUAGACAAUGGUCAGUGUAUCCCAACGGCACAGUUAAAUAAAUAUCGUGAGUCACAAUUUUGCUUAAAUGGACAUUGUGUUGAAUGAACCUGCAGGUUUUUGCUGUGGUUAAAUGAGCCAACUCCAAGACUAUGUCUUUGCCUUGAUUUAAUAGAAAAUGAAUUGCAUUGGGUGCAUUCUCCAUGACACUUUUUUUCAGUUCUCUUACAUUCAUUUGAUCCCACAACAGUAUAAAGGCUCAGGUUGUGGUCUGAACUUCUACAAUCCAGUAGAUUUCAUACGUUAUAGAAUAAAAUAAAUUUUGGCUCACGUUUGUUUAAGCGAAAAUACUGUUUAUACAUGCAACAUUUGCUUCCACUUUUUUUCUGAAUGCUUAGGGUUUUCACAAAUCAAAUAUUUACAUUAUGCGUUGUAUUUUCAAGCACAUGUACAGUAUAAUCAAAUGUUUCUGAUUUCUGUGCAAGUGUAGCAGCUGAUAAUGACAAGGAAUUUUCCACCAUAGAUAGUAAAGCUUUACAUGACGAAUGACAAUUUACGUAUCUUGUAAUUUGGAAUAUCACAAUGUAACACUUGACUGUAUUGCAUCGCUUUCGGGCAUAUUUUUGUGCUGUCUAUGUGUUUGUUAUCAGAGGAAACAGAAAUGUUUUGUCAUUUCGUAUUCGCUUCAUAUUGUUCAACUUAGGUUUAUACUCGCAUACAGUAUAACUGCACAGAUUGUCAUGGAUAUUACAUACUUUAUAUGGUCAUUUGGGUCUUGAGUGACUGCUACAGAACUAGGUGUUUGCCUUCAUAUGGCUGAUGGAGAGGGCUAAUUGACUUCUUGCUGUGAUUUACAGGAGCAUCUGUCUGCAAAUGGACGCAUCCCAAACCUGUUAAUUCAUCUAAAUUUCAUAAAUUCUCCCUCAUCACUUACAAUAUCUCAGCACUACUCCACACUAAUACAGUUGCAUGUUGCAUGUACACACAGGGAUUCCUGUCUGUACCACAUAUAUGAACAUAGUAAUGUUGUGUCUGAGACACACACACACACACACACACACACACACACACACACACACACACACACACACACACACACUUUACUUUUUGUAGUGUAACACCUGGUGUUUCUUAUACACACUGUUUAUAGCCUAAAUGUUUAUCGCCUUUGAGCAAAUAGUUUUCCCCAAAAAGGCAUUGCAUGUUAUUUUAAAAGAAUUCUUAAAUGGGUUAAAUAAAUAAAAUGAGCUGAAUUUUCAAUCCUAUCUACAACAUGACAUUAUAUUGUAACUCUGGUCUUCUAACUGGCAUUUAUUUUCUGUUUGAUUUCAUCUCUUCAUAUCGCCCCUUUGUCAUUCAUUUUGUCCAUAUUCACUGUACUGGAAGUGACUGGGAUCUUAUGGAUGUAAAGACUAUUUCCUGACAUGAGUGUUUUGAUAGUUGGGAGUAAUAUUUUGUGUGCAACAGUCACUAGGAUUUUGUCUGGCCUGUCAAGCAACCAAGCAUAAAUGACCGAACUCAUAAAACUGGAGGCUUAGAAGGGAUUGCAAAUGUCAAAAUGAUAGAAUUUGGUACAAUGUAGAUGUUUAAACUGGAGUUUCAUGUGUUUCCGAAUUUAAAAAAAAUCUACAUUGUCACAGACUUGGCAUAUUUUGUCAAAUUUAACAGAUGAUAUGGUAAAGAUGGACAUGAAAACGUCCUCAACUAAGUAAUAACUAAUUGUGGUUUAUGUUUGCAUGUCUCUGCCAUUACUAUUACAGUAGUAACACUGUGAAGCUACCAACUUUAAUCAUAUGAAAUACAAAUUUUGUUAAACGUAUUUGGCAAAUUCUGAUUUAAAUUAAAAUUUACAAAUGAAGGCUACUACACUCAUAGUUGAUUAUGUUGUUAUUAUUAAACAUCCAUACUGUUUUGCAGUUAAAUUAAAAACUGCUUAGAGUAAAUUCUAAUUUAAGUUAUGACCACAUUAAGGGUAAUUUGAACAUUUAAGCAAAUGCAGCCUAGAUGUUAUGAGCCUGUAAAUAACCUUUGUCUUUUAUACAAAAUAUACUAGGACUAUAGCACACACUUGUGACUAUUAUUGAAAAGGUGAGGAUGCCUCACAUAUUCGGUUUAUUAAAUCACAAAAGAGGUAGUCCUCUUUCUUGUUUGGCCUUCUUGCUGCAAAUGAGGACCUGGAAUGAUUCAGGGCGCAGGUCUGUCAGUCAUUUUUGGAAACCUUCGCUUUAUUGGCCUUCAACCCUCAAUCAUUUUCGGAAAUGCAUCGGGUUAAAGGUUGAUAAACAUGAGCGUCCAUUACAAUCAUGACGGAAUUAGACCAGUUCUGGGCAUGUCUACUAUUUUGCAGCACUUAAUGUCAAGUGGGCCCCUUGCUUUGUCUCUGCCUAGGAUCCACUGCAGGUGACGUCAGCAUAACAAUGUGGAAAAGGAUUUUUUUCCGCUUUUUAUUUUAAGAAAAGGAUGACAAUUCCGCCAGCUACUGUCUUUGGAAAUACGUUUUUUUUUCACCUUAAAUCUCGAACAUUCAGUCCGUCGUGUAGAUUUAAAUAAAAGCAACAGAUAAAAGAAUUUGUCUGAACUGGGCUUGCUAAAAGACAGCGCUCUGAUAGAAUCAGAGCCACGUUAAAGCGAGGAAACGUGCAGAAAUAUGUUCUGCACUAGAGGAGCGUGCAGAGCUUGACGCUGCUGUCCUCACAGCACCCCAAAGUAAGAAAGUUGAUCAGAGUUUCCCAAGAACAGUGGAGUCUGUCCACUGCUGUUUGUGACGUUUCAUAAUUUACAUUUUACAUAACUUCUGUGCUAGGCUGCAAGACGCAUGAUUAGUGCAAAAGACGCACUUUUGAUGAUUAUUAAUUUAUUAAAGCUUAUAGUUCACGUUGGACUCAAAGGUAACAGUACAUCCUGUUUUGCAGUAUUCCUCAAUGACACUGCUGGAAAAUGAUCUGAAAUAACUUUUUCCAAUAACAUAAUUAUGAUAUGUUGGUUUUCCGGUGUCAUAGAACUACUUGUUGCUUUAUGAAAGUUUUAUUUUUCUUUGGACAUGAGGCCAACAAGUAAUUUUGUUCCCUUAAAAAAAUGCAUUUACUAUCAAAGUAAAGUGUAAUGCAAAGAUACUCUUACCUCCAUGAGAGCUCAGUCAACUAUAUAUUACAUAUAGCCAACAAAUACACCCUUUAACUUUAUUGUCGUGCAGGCUAUGAAGCACACAAGCAUUAUGGGCUAUUUUAAAUAAUUUCAAACAACUGAAAUAAUUGUUAGAAUUUGUUUCCUGUGACUUUAUAUCGUUUUGAAAUGUGGCACACCACUCAAAUUGAAAGUCUUGACAAUAAUUGGCCUGGACACGCUAUGGCCACUCUCUAUUAUUCUUGCAGGGCAGGAGUGGGACAUUUGCUUUGGCAAGAUUUCCAGCGAUAUAAAGGACGGUAGAUAGUCUUGUGUUUUGCUCAUGUCUGCAUUUAAUCACUUGAUCAGAUGAUUAGUAUAACACAUAAACCUUUACAUUUUUUUCACAUGUAGAGAUUUAGAGAAGGGGUCUUAUGAGAAGGCGCCUGAAGUUAAAGAGGCAGCAAUAUCUGCAUCUAUCGCGGCAUAUUUCAAAGCAUUUUCUCUGCGAUAUUUGAAAACGGAGUCGUGCAGUGAACGCCUGCGUGUCCCUUUUAAAACAAACCCAGCGCCUGUCAAUCACAGCGCAUUCCAACCAAUCCCAAAGCUCCCUUUUUAAAAGCAGGUUUGCCUGCUGUGCUUUUAUAUUGCACCAUGGCCUGUUUCGAAGCAUUUUUACUACCACGGUUAUUGCCACAAAUCAAGAGGGCAAAGUGAACGGCAUGGGACUCACACCAACUUUAACGAAAUUGAGUCUGGUUCCUACUUCUGCGAAGUUCACAGCCACGAAUUUCACAUGCAGAUGAUACACAAACAGGGAAAAUGGAAAGAGGAUUUCUAGGUGAAUCCUGAGUGCUGAAUUCGGUUGAUUUUGCAAACUCAUAGCCAAACCAACAACAAAAAAUGACAAGCCUUUCGAGGUUUAGUGGCUGCCCUCUCUCUUGCGUCAACCCCGGGGAGAGCAAUACUGAACCCAGCGUGGUGCUGCCACCUUUGGCAGGGGAGCACAUGGGACUCCCCACUGGCAGUUCCUUAAAACUCUGCCCCUCGCACAAUUUGCGAGACUACCCCGAGACGAGGUCCAGUGCAUAUGUUGACCAUUCGUUUCCCAAUUCUUCAGACUCUGGAUACCCCAGUCACCGCUUAGAGCACAGCCCUAGGGGCAUUAUCAUUGGAGCCAAUCUUUCUGGAGCCGGCAUGCCACCCGUCACUGAUCAACUGGCAUCAAGAGCUAACCAACAUGGCGGGAUUGGAAGGUAUCGUGACUUUCCUGGCUACAGAGACAACAGAAGCCAUGCUUUUUUCUCAAGUUAUCAGGAGCAGGCCCACGCCUCCGCCGACGCAUCUCGAGAUUUUGGCAGCCAGAUGAUGCUGGGUAUACCUGGCGACCUCCUCGGCCGGACGCACCCUUAUGGCCAAACUAUCAACCCCAAGGGAAACAGCCAGCAACUUGUCUCACAAUUCCUGGGUCUGUACAAACCCCUCAACAUGGCAAUUCAGCGUGGAGGCGGCGACGCUUUCCUCAGGUGCUCUAAACAAACAGUGAAGCAUGAGCUGGUGUGCAAGUGGAGUGACGGCCAAGAGGGGGCUGGGAAGCUGUCUUGCUCCAGAGCCUUCGGGACCAUGUAUGAACUUGUCACCCAUGUAACAGUGGAGCAUGUCGGAGGACCAGAUCACUCUGAAUAUGUGUGUCACUGGGAGAAUUGUGCGAGAGACAGGAAGCCUUUCAAAGCCAAAUACAAGCUGGUGAACCACGUCAGAGUCCACACAGGGGAAAAGCCCUUUCCCUGCCCCUUUCACGGCUGUGAGAAAGUUUUUGCAAGAUCAGAAAACCUAAAGAUCCACAAGAGGACUCACACAGGUGAAAAACCUUUUAAAUGUGAGUUCGAGGGCUGCAACCGGAGGUUUGCGAACAGCAGCGACAGAAAGAAGCAUUCUCACGUGCACUCCAGUGACAAACCCUACAUGUGCAAGGUCAGGGGCUGCGACAAGUGUUACACCCACCCAAGCUCCCUGCGCAAGCAUAUGAAGCUCCACUGCAACAAGACCCACGUCGCCGAAAGCGAUGACGCGCGUCCCGGGGACGGGGGUCACAUUGCGGAGGCCAGGUCAUCCCGAGUCCCCGAUGGAGCCCAUAUCAGCCCUCCUCACCCCCCCACCUCAACUCAAGAAGUCCCCCUGUCCCCAGAGAGUCGAGAUGAUUCGACCUCGAGGUCACGUUUCCAUCACACGUUUGACAGCAGUUUGGACUACUCCACACACAGGUCACAGCCCCUCUUGGACCCUUUGUUGCUACAAAGAGGCAGCUACAGGUCCCAGUCCUCCCAGUACCCCUGCGGCCAGACAGGUCACACUUUUGCCCAGAGCUCAAGGACUUUCCCCACCACGUCUCCCUUUCAGAAAAGUAUUGUCAACGGAUGGUACACAUGCCACAGCGGCGUGGACUCCUUCCCACCAAAGCAAUGUAACAACAUCCCGUCUUUGUGAGUUCCUGUUAGGACACAUGCGGGCGACCUACCCUAUUUUUCGGGCCUAUUUUUCAUGUUAUAGCCUAAAAAAACGUACAGCUGUAUCUAUAUUACUCUCUGAAUUUUUGUGAAUGUAGUAUCAAAUAUUUUGUGACACGUCCUGAGUCAUCCUAUUGAAAUAUUGCAUUGUGCAAUGUGGGCGAGCUUUAUGUGUUGUUGUGAGGCCUGUUUGGGUUUGGCUUGUAGCCACAUCUCUCCCACAGUGGGUUAUAGGAACUUUUACAAAGUUGAUAUGCCUAAUUGUUCGCUGUGUUACGUAAUUAUUAAAGAUAUCUAUCUUAAGUGAGACAAAAAAAAUUAUAAAGGAUUUUAAUGGAAAGCUGCGUGUUAAGUCUUCUGAGCUUAGACUGGAAGAAGACGUCUUGCUGAAUGUAGCCCUUCAUUAAGUGUAGGGGUCUCUGUUGAAUGUAAACUAGAUGUAAUGUAUGCCGGAGAGAUAGAAACAUUAUUCAUGUCUUUAUGUAUGUCGCAAGAUGAAAUAAAUAUCAGAAAGAUAUUUUCUCAAGUUACGUUUUGAGCCUGCGUGAUGGGCCCGAAGCAUGAUUUGUCUGUAAUUAAAAUACUGCGAGGCUCAGUAGGUUUUUUUUCCCUCAACUUGAUUAAGUUCCACUUUUCGUCCCCUUUUCAUUACACUUUCGUAUUCUUGUUUGUAUUAUAUGUAUAUUUCACAUUUCUGUGCAAAGUAAGACCAGUGUGAGCAUAAACCAGUGUUCGUGAUACUAUUAAAAACGUUUAAUUAGCAUACAGUUCUACUGUACAUAAGCCUAUACUGUAUAAUUAAUGUAUUCUAUAUUUUAUUAAAGUGUCUAUAUUCUCUUUGA